CCCGCCCCCGCCCCGCCGCCCGUUGCCGGGCAGCCGCUGUCAAUGGCCGCCGCGCGGCCCCUUUAAGCGUAACGCGGCAACCGCCGGCGCGUCCUCCGGGCGGGCCGAGGGGCUGGGCAGCGUCUCCGCUGAGUGAGGGAAAGCUGCCUGGCUGCGCUGCAGGAACCGGAGAGUUGCUUUCGGGAGUGGCUGGGCUGAACCGGGACUGGCCUGCAUGUGCUCUCUUUGAAGUGCCAUUUCCUCAUUCCUGACCUGGGACUUGAAGCAGCUUCUUCAUUUUGAAAUCUGACACAAGUAGCGUUGUGGCUUACUGGGGCAGAGUCAGCUGGCUUUCUUGCAGUGUCCCUGUCUCAGAAUAGGUGGAAGAACGGAGCGGGCCGUUAGAGAAAAAUGCAUUCUGGAUGAUAGCUACUGCUUGCUGAACUGAACUGCAGAGAUCUCGUGCUUGGAGAUGAAGAUGAUAAACUGGAGGAAAUAAUCCAACUGCUGCCAUUGUGACAACUAAAAGAUCCUUUGUGCCAAAAUGAGCAGUUUUUGAGAAAAUCCUGGAAAGCUGUUAAACCUGAAAAAUGGGAGAAAGAGUAAGGAGCCCAGAUUCUGAACAGGAGAGGAAAUCAGAUGAGGAUAAAAAUAGUGACUCCUAUUACUCAGAUGAAGGUAAUGCAUCUCGUUCAUCCAGCCAGUCGCCAGCACUAAGCUCUCCAUCUACAAACCAAGAAAAAAGACAUCACAAAACACAGACUUCAAACAGCCUGUUGCACUACCAAGCCACAAAGAAAUUGGAUUCCAAAUAUGCACCAAGCAAAAGAGGAACACGGUGGGGUUUCCGUUCUCAGAGCCUCACUAGGGAUUCUCCUGCAAAAGAUAUAGAUCUUGUUACAAAAAGAGUUCUUUCUGCUAGGCUGCUGAAAAUCAAUGAGCUCCGAAAUGAACUGACUGAACUCCACAUCAAACUGGAUGAGCUGCAGAAGGAAAACAGGGCACUGAAGAGGCUUCAGUACAGGCAGGAGAAAGCCUUGAAUAAGUUUGAAGAUACAGAAAACGAAAUCUCUCAGCUCCUUACUCGGCACAGCAAUGAGAUUAGAAUAUUAAGGGAGCACCUACGAAAAUCUCAGGAGAAAGAACGUGCAACUGAGAGACGGCUGAAAGAUACGGAAGAUGAACUGUACAGGAAAAAAACUGUCUUGCAGAAACUGAAAAAGCUGUCUGCAGAUAAGCACCUUGCUGAAAGAGAUGACCUGGCAAAGAAACUAGCCUUAGCAGAGAGCAAGCUGGAGGACAGAGAAAAAAGAAUUAAGGAUCUGGAAAGAAAUCUUGAAUUAAGUAGUAGCAGUUUUCAACGAGAGUUACAUUCAAAGAAAAAAAAGUUGUACGAGGCUCAGGAAGAAAACAGAGUUCUCCAAGAAGAGCUUAAUCAGCUAAAUCAGAAGCUUAAGGAAAAAGAAAGAGAACUUGAAGCAAAAAAUAUAUAUGCUAAUCGUAUGUUGAAGUCAUCACCUAGAAAAGACACGGAUAUUGUACAAAGAAAAAGGGCCAGCAACCAAAAUAUAAAAAAGGGACCACAGCUCACAAAAAGUGUACAGACCAGUGGAUGCUUCUCACCAGCAGAACUUCUUCCAGAAUCAGAACUUGUCUGUGGUGACACAGCAAACAAGAAAGAGGGAAUUCUUCCUAAAAUAGAAAAAGAAACUCAAGACAAAGCAUGGAAAGAACAAGCAGAAUUCCUAAGACAAGAACAAGACAGGGAGAGGGAAGAGAAACUGAAACAUUUUCAGGAAAUACAGUCCUUAGAGGAGAGGGAUCCAAAACUUCCUGACGAGUGGCAAAGGAAAGAAUAUGACAAAAAAGAAAGCAACUUUUUAUUGGAUAAAGAAGAGAAAAUAAAGAUGGAGACAGAAAUUCACAAACCUGAAGUAGAGAGAGAAGGCACUGAAACGCUGGAAGAGCGGCGAAAAAGAGAGUUCCUGCUUGCUAAAAUGCAAGAAAUUGAUAGAGAAAUUCAAAAUACAACAAACACAAAACCAACUUCCCAAGCACCACUCGUAAAUACAGCAAGAAAAUCUGAUUCCCUGGAGAAAAAAGAGAAAACGAAUCCAUUCUUUGAGAUUCCCGGAAAGGUUACUAAUGGAUUUCCUGUAAAGGACAGCCAGGAUGAUGGGACAAGAGCACAAGGGCAGAAGCAACGAAACGUAAGGACUGUAGAUUUUAGUAGUGAGUUAGCAUUUGGUAGUUAUGUCCCUUCCUUUGGGAAGGGAUCAGGAAGACCAAGUUGGCUCACUCAGAAAAGCGACAAAUUAGAAGAAAAUGCUAAGGAAAAUGCAGAUUUCAAUAGUAAGAAAGAAAAGAAGUCCAAUUUAAUGGAGCAACUUUUUGGAAGCAGUGCCAGCACCAUUCUUCUUUCUAAAAAUAACAAUACACCACCUUUGGACAUAGAUUGGGACUCUAGUAAUAAGCCUUUUGUUGAUAAAAACAGUAAAGUCAAAGAAGACAAUGGGCUUUUUGGUGAAGGAAGAAGCCUAAACAGACACCGUCUGCAGUACAAUACAAACAAGCUAGGAGUUAAUACCCUUGGUUCUUUAGAAGAUGAAGUUGAAGAAGUAGUCUUACAGUGAUCGUGUUUUAUAUGUUUCAUAUGUAAAUACUGAAAAACUAUUUUCUUGUAAUAUUUAUUAGGCAUAGAUUUGAAAUAUUUCAGAUUUAUUGUAAAGCCUUAUGAAGGAAUAAUUUACACAAAUGGGUAUGUGUAUAGAGGGGAGAUGCAGAGGAGAGAUGAUUGGAGUUUUUUUACCUGUAUUUUUACCUGUAGGCCACUCACAGUACACUGCUUUUCAUUUGAAGUAUUUCUUUUAGGCCUCAGAUAACUUUCUUUCUUGGGCAUUUGGAGAACCUCUUAACUGUGCCAGGAGAAGGCAUGUGUAAUACCAGUCAUGAAAUGAGUAGAAGAGACAUUCUUAGCACUAAUUCUCUUAGAAAGAGUAUCUUACACUGCUGUCAUGUUAUCUCAGAAGAAUAUCAAAAGAAGCACAAUUAACUCAGGAACAGCUGCUCUCUCCUUUUGCAUAGGUUUUUGUGGACCUUACUACCAAAUGUGUAACUCUUCUCAUAUAUUCAGAUUAUAUUUGUUAUGCAAUGCCAUCUUUUGUAAUUUCUGAAUUUUCUAUGUAAAAUUCCAAUCAUUACUAAGUAAUUUUUUAACAAAAUGGUUUUAUUAAAUGAGUUGAGUAAA